UUUCAGCUCCAAUUCAAUUUAGUCAGAAUAUGCCGUUAACUUUACUUUGUUUCAUAUUCGCGCUUUUGGUGGUUGCGCAGGCGGAUAUGACCCCACUGCAAUUAAUGGAUGCCUGCAACAAGGAGAGUGGCAUCACUAAAGAGGAGUUACAGCAAUACUUUGACAGUCAAAUGGAUCCUGCUAAGGCCACCAAUGCCAUUAAGUGUCACAUGAAGUGUGUUAGCGAAAAAUUAGGUUUUUAUAAAAAUAAUAUGCUCGACGACACGUUGACAAUUAAAUACCUGAACGAAAAUAAUAUGGCACCGAAAGCGAGUGUGAACAAUGUAAAGCAGAGCAUACAGAAAUGCAAUCAAAUGAAAGGUGCCAAUACCUGCGAUACAGCCUACCAAAUUAUGACAUGUUUUAAGUCGCAGCCUAUUUUUACCUGAGAGCUGUAAGAGAGUUGGAAUCUUUUCUUGAAAUAAAUAAGCUAAAUUAUUGCACAAGCUUUAGAAUUACCAUAAGAUCAAUCUAUAUUAAGAAGUUAUUAUAAGAUUAAGUUAAGACAAGAACAGAAACAGAAAACUUUUCAGUUUUCAAAAAUUUACCUUAAAUAUUGAUACCAGUAUAUAAUAUAACAUAUUUCAAUAUUUAUGACAAACUAACUCUGAAUUAUAACAACAAAGUGUAAAUAAUAACAAAUUUCAAAGUAUAGAUUU